AGAGCCUGAGCCUGCGGAGGGAGUGCGAGGGGAUGCAGGCUGACAGGAUUCAGCUUCGCCUCAUCGGGCCUCAUCCCUCCAUCCUCCCCGGCGAUGCGCUGUGCGUUAUGACGCCAGGCCGUUUGACGAGCGCAUUACGUGGGACUGGCAGAGCGGCACAGCAGCCUCUUAUGUAAUGCAUCGGAUGCAGCUGCACGGAUCAUCAGGAGAAGGGGAAGAAAAAACUGUCGGAUGGCUGAUUUUAGUGAGAAAUAACGGGAGGAACCAGGAUCAUUUUGUCUUCUUCACUGCACUGGCUUCAUCCAGCAGCCUCCGAUCUGCGGUAUAAACAAUGGCGGGUCCCGAGCAGUCCCAGCAGCAGCAGCAGGUAGAGGAGAAGGCAGAGCACAUAGAUGAUGCUGAGAUGGCCCUGCAAGGCAUCAACAUGCUGCUCAACAACGGAUUCAAGGAAAGCGACGAGCUCUUCAGGAGAUACAGGACUCAAAGCCCACUGAUGAGCUUUGGGGCCAGUUUCGUCAGCUUCCUGAAUGCCAUGAUGACAUUUGAGGAGGAGAAGAUGCAGACGGCCUGUGAUGAUCUGAGGACCACUGAGAAGCUGUGUGAGAGCGACAGUGCCGGAGUGAUAGAGACAAUCAGAAACAAGAUUAAAAAGAGUAUGGACUCCCAAAGGUCCGGUGUUGUUGUCAUAGACCGACUGCAGAGACAGAUCAUUGUCGCUGACUGCCAAGUGUACCUCGCUGUGCUCUCCUUUGUCAAACAGGAACUCUCAGCAUACAUCAAAGGCGGCUGGAUUCUUCGUAAGGCCUGGAAAAUGUACAAUAAGUGCCACAGCGACAUCAGCCAGCUGCAGGAGUCGUGUCAGCGGAGGCCUUCCGGCAACCAGGAGUCCCUGUCAGCGGACAACGCCAACCACAAUGCCCCGGUGGAGAAUGCUGUGACAGCAGAGGCCCUGGACCGACUCAAGGGCUCUGUCAGCUUCGGCUACGGCCUCUUCCACCUGUGCAUCUCCAUGGUGCCGCCACACCUGCUCAAGAUUAUCAACCUGCUGGGUUUCCCCGGCGACCGUCUCCAGGGCCUUUCCUCUCUGAUGUACGCGAGCGAGAGCAAAGAUAUGAAGGCACCACUAGCUACGUUGGCCCUCUUGUGGUACCACACAGUAGUGCUGCCUUUCUUUGCUCUGGACGGCUCUGACACACAUGCAGGGCUGCUGGAGGCCAAAGCUAUUCUGCAGAGAAAGUCGGUGGUUUACCCCAACUCAUCUCUCUUCAUGUUCUUUAAAGGACGAGUUCAGAGGCUAGAGUGCCAUAUCAACAGUGCUUUGGCCUGUUUCCAUGAUGCAUUAGAGCUUGCAUCAGACCAAAGAGAGAUCCAGCAUGUGUGUCUCUAUGAGAUUGGUUGGUGUAGCAUGAUAGAGAUGAACUUCGAGGACGCGUACAGGGCGUUCGAAAGGCUGAAGAAUGAGUCACGCUGGUCACAGUGCUACUAUGCCUAUUUGACCGGAGUGUGUCAGGGGGCAGCAGGAGACCUGGACGGAGCAAGCGGAGUUUUCAAGGAUGUGCAGAAGCUGUUCAAGAGAAAAAACAACCAGAUAGAGCAGUUUGCUGUCAAAAGGGCUGAGAGACUGAGGAAGAUCUCGCCCACCAGAGAGCUAUGCAUCCUGGGCGUAAUCGAAGUGCUUUAUCUGUGGAAAGCGCUGCCGAACUGCUCGUCGUCUAAACUGCAGAUAAUGAAUCAAGUGUUACAGAGUUUAGAUGAAGCUUCGUGCAGAGGUCUGAAACACCUCCUUCUUGGUGCCAUUCAUAAAUGUCAUGGGAAUAUGAGGGAUGCUCUUCAGUCUUUCCAGCUGGCUGCUAGAGACGAGUACGGGCGGCAAAUCAACUCAUAUGUUCAGCCGUAUGCCGUCUACGAGCUGGGGUGCGUCCUCCUCGGAAAACCAGAGACAGUGGGAAAGGGGAGAUCAUUGCUACUUCAAGCAAAGGAGGAUUUUACAGGCUACGACUUUGAGAACCGGCUUCACGUUCGCAUCCAUUCAGCCCUGGCUUCUUUGAAGGAAGUAGUGCCUCAGUGACUCCAGGAAGGAGAGCUGCCGUGGCUCAAGCUUUGCACAAAGUUUUAAGCCAUUCACAGUAACCGUUUGACAUCCGAGUGAACAGACUCCUGUGUUUUUCUUUCCUAAAGGAUUCGGAGAAAUACACGUUUGUCACUUUACCGAGUCAGACUGAGAAUAAUCUCUGUGCAUUCUGUACAGUGUCGGACAUGUGUUCAUACUGGCUCAGCACACAGGUGGAAACAGCUGGUAUAGCUAGCAGUUUAGAAACUAUGCUUCAAAUCUCCAAAGUUAUCUUACUGGUAUGGACACAUCUUGUUAGUCAGGAGGAUGGCCCCCAGUAUUCAUUCAUACUUGAGUAUAUGGUUAUCCAUUUUCACAUUCCAUAUGUAUUGUAGAUGUCUGUAAUUCAUUUCUCCUCUUCUAAAAGAAGGUGAGUGUUUUAGAUGUUCACAUUGUCAUUCCUCCAGCACAAGGUUUUUUCAAUACAGGUAUCCACAAUUCAAUUGCAGAUGUCUACAAUGUGCACUGCAGAUAUUUGCAGCUGAAUUGUGACUCAUAGUAGUUCAAGUUUCAGGUGUCUAAAGUUUAAUUUUGACUAGUCAUAAAUUUUAUUCAAGAUAUCUUUAAUACCCCUCAGUAUAGGAUUUCUUCAUUGGCAUUUUUAGAUAUCUCAAAUUAUGUUAAAACUUUUGAGAAUGGCUUAGUAGAUUUCUCAAAAUGUAGUCAAAGAUAUCUUGAAUUUGAGUUUUUUCAGUAGCUAUGGCAAGUAGGAAGCGAAGACGGCAUCACAGCAUAUGACGAGCUCUUUUACCGCCAUGUCAGAGCAGCUUGAGGCCAAAGUUCUGGUAAAUUUCGACCACAAGUCACUAAUGAUUUCCACAAACUCUUUGCUGAUGAGCUCUUUCUAUUUAAUAGCAUUUUCUAAUGACCUUAUCCACCACAGCAGUCGCUAUUCCUUCUGCUCAGUCUGUUCAAAUGCUUUGAUGGACCAGUAUCUAACGUGCUGCCUCAAGUGAGCAGCACGAUGCACAACAACAACAACAACUAGUCAGAUUAACAUUUUGGAGAUACUGGCAACUCUUACUUUGAUUAAUCCAAACUGAAUAAAUAGUCGUCAUUGUGACUAGUCAGAAUGAAGUUACCAAUAUAGAUAAAUCUGGAAUAAAAAUUUUACUCAAAAUAACAUUGCUGAUAUCUGUUAUUUUAAGCUAUUAAAUAUUCAAAUAAUUUGCUGUAUGAGUACGAGGUGCAAACCUGGCAACCCUCUAACGCUAUAGAACUGCUUCCACCCAGCGGUUGUUGGUCUAGAAUAGUAAAAUCACAAGGUUAGAAUAUUGUUAUUAUGGUGUAAGAUGAAUAAUAACCAGCACAUGAUACGUAACACAGUUUGGGAUGGGUGUUUUGAUUUUGUGGUUUCACAGAGCUAUGCUGGCUGUUUCCUCCUGCUUUCAGUCUUUGUGCAAUCCUAAGCCUCUUUCUGGACUUAAUGCACAGAGAUGAAACUGAUAUGAAUCUCUAACUGUUUCUUUAAGUGUUUUCCUCACCCAUAUGUGUUCGCUAGCUUGUAACAACUUUCCUCAUUGUAUUUGGAGGAUUUUAAUUCCGCCUCUCCCUUCAGCGAGCAAUUCAGCACCUAAAAGUAAUGAGAUCCUUUAAUAGUAACUUUACAAUAAGUAAAAUACAGAUAAUAGUGUUUUUCACACUCAUUUGAGCCAUUUGAGCUUCUCACUCCAGUAAUAAAAUAGAAUAAAUUGAUGCCAGUUCUUGACCACUUCACAUAUCAUAGAAAAAAUAACAUUUAGUAUUUGGAUUUAUAUAUUCUUAUAAGUGACUCCAGGUGUUGCUUCUUAAAUUUUCAGAAAGCUGCUUGUUAAAUUUGGAACAUAGACUUUGAAAGGAGUCAUAUCACACUGGGGGUCACUUAGAUUCACAACAGAAAUAACUUAGCAGACUAAAUAGUCACAGAGGUUAGUUAAAUAACAUCACUGGUCACCUAAAGUCGCACAGAGUAACACCUAGGCUGCUGAGUCACAUUCAAGUAGUUGGACAUUUAUAGUAAGUGCGAUCGCCACACUUCACAAUGUCCUGAUGACGUUUUUUUUUUUUUUUUCUUUUAAUGUGACAGCAUUGGGUAUUGAUCAUGUGCACUAUGCAUGGUAUGGCAGGGUAACAGCGGCUUUAAGACUGUACUGAAGUCAAACGUACCUGUGUGUCCAUUCCUGCAUAAACAUGAAGGUAUUUUAACCAGUACCUGCAGUACUGUAAUGUUACCUCUUGAAAGGUGCUGCUAAAUGUCAGCCUAAAUAAACAUGUAUUACUUAUUUUAAUAGUGUUUUAGUGAUAGAAGCUUUUGAAUUAGUUCUUAAUAGUGGCAAAUUUAUUUACUACAUACAGAAGGUGUACUUUUACAAGCAUUGUUUAUGCUGUUUUGGUUUGUGGUGGCCAGUUUUAGCAGUCGAGCUGAUCCCAGUGUACGAUCUUGUAUUGCACGCUGCUAUGAGAGAUUUUAACAACCUUUCUAAACUGUUUCACUCUGUACAUAUAAAGUAUUCUGUGCAGGGUUUUUGCCUUUUAAUAAAGAGCACUAUGAAUAUGUGUCAUCCGAGCAAUAUAAGCGAAUGAAGGGUGUCAUGUCGUGAUUUACAGAGGCUUUCGACAACAGUGUUUUUCAUCUCAUGUUCAAGGUCGUGGACGUUUACUUUGCUUUUUGUUUACAAUGCUCGUCAUCCCUCGUGGCCGUGAUGGAUGUAAAAUUGUGGUAAAUGUUGACGUGACCGCCGUGCAAGUGGUCGGUAACGGUGAAAUGUCAGUAAGAUACUUCUGUCACUGAAGAGUUUUUCUUUUUUUGUUGAAAUCGAGGUUACAUGUCAGGAUGAUGGUGUUCCAAUGUGUCACUGAACUCUACAAUAAACUGUUCUCCAUUAAUCGAGGAAAA